ACCCUAAUGAUCGCCGGAAUCUUAUUUUCCGGCGAGCAAGUAGUAGUAAUAGUGAGGGCACAGGGUGGUGGAUGUCAAGGUGAUCUACAGGGACUAAUGAAAGAAUGCAUGCAAUUUGUUCAGAAGAUUGGGUUAGUGAGGGAUCCAUCACCGAGCUGUUGUGAUGUUGUGAAGAAGGCCGAUUUCACUUGUGUCUGUGGUCCAAUCCCUCCCUUGGUGCAGCAGUUAAUUAGUAGCCAGAAGGUGGCCUAUGUUACACAUUACUGUGGCAACCCUAUUCCUGCUGGAGUUAAAUGUGGAACUUAAUUAGACUGGUUUAAAGACAUGAAGUUGAGAGAAUGAGGGAGGAAGAAUAAAGCCAAAUCAUGUGGCAUAUCUUAUAAAAA